UGGCAUCCACACAUAUACACACACUCCUCGACUCCUUGGCCCUUUAUAUACAUACACACAGGCACACGUCCCACUCACUCGCUGCCUGCUCAAACACACACACGGCACUCCAUUUUUAACAAGUGUUUUCUCUCUGACAAGCCAGCUGCACUUAAGCAUUGCUAGAGCGCUAAGCUACCUGCAGCGUAGUGUAGUGUAGUGUACUGCCAUGGCAGUGCGCGUGCUUCUUCCUCCUCCUCGCCGGUGGUUCUUGCUUUCUUCUCUGCUGCUGGUGGUGGCGGCGGCUGUUCCCGUCGUCCAUGGAUACGGCGGCGGCGGUGGGCUGACGGUCGGGUUCUACAAGGAGUCGUGCCCGGAGGCGGAGAAGAUAGUGCGCAAGGUGGUGGCGGCGGCUGUCCAUGACGACCCGACCACCACCGCGCCGCUGCUCAGGCUUCACUUCCACGAUUGUUUCGUCAGGGGGUGUGAAGGAUCGGUGCUGAUCAACUCGACCAAGAAGAACACGGCGGAGAAGGACGCCAAGCCGAAUCACACGCUGGACGCGUACGACGUCAUCGACGCAAUCAAGGAGAAGCUGGAGCACAAGUGCCCCGCUACCGUCUCCUGCGCCGACAUCCUCGCCAUUGCUGCCAGAGACGCCGUCUCCUUGGCAACAAAGGCGGUGAGGCAAGGACGGUGGAGCAAGGACGGCAACUUGUACGAGGUGGAGACCGGCCGGCGAGACGGCCGCGUGUCGAGCGCCAAGGAGGCGGUGACCUACUUGCCCGACUCCUUCGAUGGAAUUCGCAGGCUCAUCACCAGGUUUGCUUCCAAGGGCCUCAGCCUCAAGGAUCUGGCUGUUCUGUCAGGCGCCCACGCGCUGGGCAACACGCACUGCCCAUCGAUAGCGAAGCGUCUGCGCAACUUCACGGCGCACCACAACACGGACCCGACCCUGGAUGCGACGUACGCCGCGGGGCUGCGGCGGCAGUGCAGGUCGGCCAAGGACAACACCACCCAGCUGGAGAUGGUGCCCGGCAGCUCGACCACCUUCGACGCCACCUACUACGGCCUCGUCGCCGAGCGGAAGGGCAUGUUCCACUCCGACGAGGCGCUGCUCCGGAACGACGUUACCAGGGGGCUCGUCUACGAGUACAUGAGAUCGGAGGAGAGCUUCCUCCGGGACUUUGGCGUGUCAAUGGUGAACAUGGGCAGGGUGGGCGUGCUCACCGGCAGCCAGGGGGAGAUCCGGAGGACAUGCGCCCUUGUCAACUAGCAAAAGCUGCUCCAUGCUGAUUUGGUGCCCUUCGCCGAUAUCUCUGUGUACCUGAUCACCUAGAGACUAAUAGGAGUGUCGUCUGGAUUAAUUAGGGAUUAUAUUAUGUCCAAGUCUGAAAUCUAUGUGAAACAAAUUAUUGCCGUUGAAACAUUUGCUAGAAUUGUAAGAAAAAAAAUACGCAAUGACGGGGCAUCAUUCUAUUUUAGUUUAAAAUUCUAUUUUAACAAUUAA